UUGAAGUACUGAUAUAUAUUAUAGGUUAUGUUGUUUCGAAAGUUGUGUUUGAACGAUUACGUAUAUUAUUCAAUUUUAUGAAAAUUGUCGGUUCCUAAUUAUUUAAUGAUCACAUUAAGCUGCGUAAAUGGAACUUUCAUCUCCAGAAGUGAAAGAAACUAGGAUUGAAGCCAUAAAUAAAGAUGUUGUACAUCAAAUCUGCUCGGGUCAGGUUGUCCUCAGUUUGGCAACAGCAGUGAAAGAACUGGUGGAAAAUAGUUUGGAUGCAGGGGCAACUGUUAUUGAGGUUCGCAUGAAAGAAUAUGGCAGUGAACUUGUGGAAGUAAUAGACAAUGGAGCUGGUAUCGAAGAAGAAAAUUUUCAGGCCCUUACUCUUAAGCACCAUACUUCAAAACUGAGGGAAUUUUCUGACCUAGUGUCAGUGAAAACAUUUGGUUUCCGUGGUGAAGCACUUAGUUCACUAUGUGCUCUCAGUGAAAUGGCAGUUGUCACCCGCCACUCUUCCGCUUCAUGUGGAACAAGAUUAGAAUUUGAUUGCAGAGGACAAAUUAUAAAGAAGCAACCUUGUGCCAGACAAGUUGGUACUACAGUAUCCCUUCAGAAUCUUUUCGGGUCCUUACCUGUGAGGCAGAAGGAAUUUCAUCGCAAUUUACGUCGAGAGUUUGCAAAAAUGACACAGCUAUUGUAUGCUUACUGUCUAGUCUGCAUAGGCAUCAAGAUCUCAUGCACUAAUCGAACUAAGAAAGGGGGUCACACUCCUGUGCUCUCAACCCAGGGAAGUGAAACAGUCCGUGACAACAUUGCCUGCAUCUUUGGGUCUAAACAGGUACAAAGUUUGAUGGAGUUUCUACAGAAGAUGCCAGAUGAAACAGCGCUACAAGAAUAUGGAAUAUGUGAAGGGUCAGCAUCCACUGAAUACCCAUUCCAGCUUGAAGGCUGCAUAUCAUCAUGUGCCCAUGGUCAAGGUCGGAGUGCCGCUGACAGGCAGUUCUUUUAUGUCAAUUCUCGGCCUUGUGAGCCAACAAAGGUCAUUAAAAUAAUAAAUGAAGUGUACCAUCAGUUCAACCAGCAUCAGUAUCCAUUUGUAUUCCUUAAUUUGAAGAUGGCAUGCAACACUGUUGACGUGAAUGUCACACCUGACAAGAGAAAAGUUUUUAUGGAUCAUGAGAAGCUUCUCAUUGCAACCUUUAAGGCUUCCCUCUUUCACCUGUAUGAAACAAUUCCUUCCACUUUUAAUUUUCAAAAUAUUUCUUCUGGCCCUGUUCCUUGUUCUCUUCCCUCCCCAAAAGCAACAGCAGCAGGAAAUCUUGAAGAUAUGUUUAAGCAGUGGAGCCAUUCUCCUGUGUAUAAUAAUCCAGAAUCUCCUACAUCAGCGCAAGGAAAAGGAAAAGGAGUCAAGAGAACUUUAGGUCCCACAGGAAAGGAAGGAAGUGGUAAAUCAAAAUUGCACUGCAUCAACCACUUUUUCUCAUCGAGUAUAAAGGAAGGAAUAAAAAAUACAUUAAUAAAAACCCAAGUUCCUCUUGAUAGUAUAUCAAAUAUGGAAGAAACUUGGAAUAUGUCACAGGAUGGAAAAGGGCUUGAAAGUGCUAAAGUAGAUGAUACCGAAGUUAUUACUGAUACACAGGAAUUUCUGAAUUCACAUGAAGGAACUGAUAUUGAACAUAAUAAGAAAUAUGCAGACCAUGAUGUUGCUACAGAUAAAUAUAACGAGACAAACAAAAAUGACAUUUUUAUUACCCAUGAAGACAUCAACCGAGAAACAGCAGAAGAGUCAGUAGUGACUACAAAAACUUCUGGAGGUAGAGAAGAUGUGGAUAUUAUCGAUAUGGUGAAGAAGAACAGUAAAGAUGAAGAAACCAGCCAGUCAUAUGACACUGGCAACAUACAGACAGUUAUGGUAAAACUUGAUGGUGAGAAAAUUGAUGACUUAAGUCAGAAAACUGUUCAUAUGUCAGUCAGCAUUGAGAGCAUCAAAAAGAAAAUUGAAGAACAGAAGAAGCACAAUACAAACAGAAAUAAACAUCAGGUGUCAGUUAAGUUUCGUGCUGAAAUUGAUCCAGCAAAGAAUCAGUCUGCAGAACUUGAACUGCGUAAAGAGAUCUCACAAGAUAUGUUUUCUAAGAUGGAAAUACUGGGCCAAUUUAACUUGGGAUUCAUUAUUACACGUCUCGGAUCUGAUCUUUUCAUUAUUGACCAACAUGCAACAGACGAGAAAUAUAAUUUUGAGAUGCUGCAGCUCAAUACUGUACUGCAAAACCAGAGGCUCGUUAAGCCUCAGAAACUUGAAUUAACAGCAGUGAAUGAGAGUAUUCUCAUAGAAAAUGAAGAAAUAUUUAAUAAAAAUGGAUUUGAUUUCAUCAUUGAUGAAAAAGCUGAACCGACAAAACGAGUACAACUGACUUCAAUUCCUGUCAGCAAAAACUGGCAGUUUGGAAAGGAAGAUAUUGAUGAACUACUGUUUAUGCUACAGGAUGCCCCACAUACUAUGUGCCGGCCAUCGAGAGUUAGGGCAAUGUUUGCAUCCAGGGCCUGUCGUAAAUCUGUCAUGAUUGGGACAGCUUUAAGCAAAGCAGAUAUGAGGCGUCUGAUUGACCAUAUGGGAGAGAUUGAACAACCAUGGAACUGUCCACACGGUCGACCAACUAUGAGACAUCUUGUGAACUUGGACCUUAUUCAUAAUGGAUAACUCUUCAUGGUGUUUAAUUUUUCACGAUAUCAUUGUCUGUAAUAUCUGUAUACUAAUCUCAAUGUAAAUGCCUAAUUUCUGCAAAUCACUUACCGACUCCUACAAUAAGUAUCACACGAACUGAAGACAUCUUCUGGGAUAAAUAAAACAAAAUUAGGUAAAAAUAAUGAUACCUAUAUUUUAUAAUCUCCAUAUAUAAAAGGCUAUGGAUUCCAGUGACACAACAUACAAACACUAGAAGGCUCUCAAGAAAAGACAUUUUCCUGUUCUAGGUAAUGUGUGAGAAUUCUGUAUCCCCUGUAAUGAAAGUACACACUAUAAUUUUACUUCUCAAAACAGUUAAGUUUAUUUACAAUGUAUGACAACAAAAAGAGAACUUGAAACUUGUAUAUGUACAAUUAUAAAUUUAACACUGAUUACAAAACAACUUUUCUUCCUUUAACCUUUAUCGGACGAACAUCAUCAUAUGAUGUCGUUAAAAGUUAGGGCAGCUGGCCGAACGUCAUCAUAUGAU